AUGAAGAAACAACAAUUAUUUCCAAUAAUUUUCUUAAUUUCGAAAAACGUAUUCGGUUUCGAUAAAUUCGAUUUGUACAAUUAUCCCGAUCCGAGGUUCCUGAAUUCGCAUUAUCAAUUCAAAGGUCUCGGUUUGUUUCGACCCCAUUUGAAUAUCAAAGAGGGUAACGAAAAUUUCAAAGAAAAUAAUUAUUUUGGAGGUAAUUUCGGCGGUUUUAACGACGAAGAAAAUUUGAAAAAUUCGAAAGGCGAAUCAGUUUCUAUAUUGAACGAAGAUGGUAACAAAAACCAACACGUAGACGAAAAGGAUUAUUUCGAAGGACAUCAUUUUAAUAAAAAAGAAAAAUCUGGGGACGAACAAUCAGCUAUACACGGUCAUCGUAGGGGUCACAAAAUCAGAGGGUUUUCGAAAUCGCAUCAUAACGAUGAAUCCGGGAAAACGGAAGAAUAUUACGAUGAAGCACACGACGAAGCGGAUAAUGAAGAAUUCGUAGGAAGAUCGGGGGGAUUUGGGGAAUCGGGAUCGUCGCGGUACCAAGGAGGUUAUUUGGAUAAAGGAUCGGUUACCGAAGAAAAGAAAAAAAUCGCCGACAUCGAUAAAGGUACCAAGUCGAAACAAAUUAGUAAAGAAGAAGAACAUUUUGGGGAAAAUAGAUUCAAUGGAGAUGGAGAAUCGUUCGGGGAACAUAAACUUUUGAAUAAUGGAGAUCUAGGGGAGUAUAGCGGAUCUAGUACGUUUUGGAAACAUCAUCCAGGUUCUAAUUUAUAA